CGUGCGAUGGUGGGUAUCUUGUUGGAGUGAGUCGGCCAAAUUUGGGUAUCUCUCUCACGAGUUACUUUUAUAUAAAUGCGUGAUGAGUGAGUCCCUAUAAAUUCCCAAAAAGAGACAAAGGUAACUGACGAAACCUUUCCUUCAUUCAUUCUAAAGAUAGGUUCGCUGCAGGUCUGUCACCAACAGCCCUUUUCCCUCCAACCCCUCCACCGAGAUUCAGUAGUAGCAGAUAGACAGACAGACAAGAUCAAUGUCUCCCAUUGAUUUUCCAGACUUGUUGGAAAAGAGGGGUGAUAAUAAUAAGAUGACGGAAGAACGGGGACGCAGUGGUGGCCGCUUGAUUGGCAAUUUGCGAAGUCGUUCUCGCAGCCGUCGUUCCAAGAGCGCCCAACGUCGUGCCGCGUCUCAGCCACCCAAGAAGGUUCACAAAGAAGACGACGACGACGCUGCCAAGCUGAAGAAACGCCGUUCCCUCUCUCGUUCGGCGUCUCGUCGGGAGAAUAAGCCGUCGGACUUUGUGGAACUGACCAAAAAGGCAGCGUCUCCCUCCAAGCGUCGACCGACCAAAACGACUAGUAGUGGCAGUGGUAAUGCCAAGACGACCAAGUCGUCGUCGAGUAGCAACAAGAAGGAAUGGAGUGCGGAUAUCAUUAACCUUGUGGAUCGUGAUGUGGAGGAUGUGAUCUUGAGUGAUAUUAUCCUGACGGACAAGAACAACAAGAAGAAGAAUACCGCUGGUAGCAGUAAAUCCAAGUCACUGGAAAAGAAUACGAAGCCCUCAUCUACAGUCAAGAACAAUAGUACCAACACUUCCAACAACAAGAAUGAGGAGAACAAAAAGUCUUCUCUCUCCAAAACUACUAGUAGCUCCACAGCAGCAGCAGCAGUCAGCAAACCCAGCUCCACAACCGCAGUCAGCAACAAACCUCGCAAGACCAAUAGUACCGGUAGCAGCAACAGCAAUAACAACACCAUGGACAAGUACUCUGGUUCCAACCACGGUUCACCCAAGACGGUCAAUCGAUUUCCCUCGGAUACCUAUUCCGACUAUGAAACGUCGGAAGAUGAAUCCUCGGACGACGAAGAAGACGACGAUGAAUCGAAAUCGGUCGAUGCCAAGGACCUCUUGGCACAAGUCAAUGCCCGCAUGGAACAGCAACGACUCAUGGAAGAAGUCAAGGAAUUGCGUCGCGUCGUGGAAAAGAAGGACGCCGAGAUUGAACAAUUGACGGGACAAUUGCGCAUGGCCAUUUCCACAAAGUGCGAUCUGGUCAUUGCGCAUACGGAAUUGGAACGAUUGCACGAAAUGGAUUUGAAAGCACGCGAUUCCUAUGCCGGUGAAAUGAAACGAUCCAAUCUGCAACUCAUGGAAGUUCGAGCGGAAGUGGAAAAGGAAUUCAUGAAUGAGCUCACACAGUUGGCACGAAAGGUGGAAGAAUCGGAUCGACGUCGCAAAGAAGAUGUCCAGGAGAAGGACAAUAUUAUUGGACUGUUGGAAGAUAAGAUCAAGCGGAUGGAACGGAAUGCGUUACAGGGAAGCUCGGCUCGACCAGACACGGACAAAGUGCGGUUCUACAAGAAAAAGCUGGGGGUGUAUGAUCAGUAGCCGCAAGGUUUCAAACCGCAACAGACAGAUUUAUGAUCGAUAUACAGUAAUGCAACAAAUGAAUGAAUAGUGCCUCUGACAAGCAAGCAAGCAAGCAAGCAACAACAAGACACAAUCGGUAGGCAGUUUGAUACGUUGCAUCAAUUGCAAACAAUAACCAGAAUCAGUCCGGUGGAAUGAUAAUAUGUGACAAUUAGUUAGUUUGAUGGAAGCAAGAGAGGAAGGCAGAAAGAAAAAGUGACAUCCAGAGUGGCAGCCAGUCAAAGAGUGAGCUCAGGAAACAGAACUAGAACACCAAUAGUAUUAUUAGCAUUAGGUUGAAAGUCAUUGGAGUC